AAGCUGCAGCUCAGCCCUGGUGUCAGUGAGUGGAUAACCAGUCGACAAGCAAGAGUGCCAGGACUCUUCUGUCUCACAGCAGCACUGUUAUUGGCUCGACCCAAUAGGAGAACAACGGAGACACUUGCAGAUUGCCAGUACUGCACGGCAGACCUGAGCGAGGUGUUCCCAGUCCCCUGGCACGAAGAACGCAAAGAGAGAAAGAGAGAGAGCGGGAGAGAGGAAAAGAGAGAGCAUUCAGUUAAAAGCCGCAGUUGCCCGUCUCAGCUUUGACUUUACAAAGGGAAUUUACAGAUUAAUUUGAGGUGUCACUGUUCAGAAUGAAAAUCCAGCCAAAUCAGAAGAUGGAUUUAAUGUGUUAGACAAAAAUAAAUGACCGUUGACAACUAGAAGAUACGGGGAAGUAUUGUUUGUGUGUAAACCUUGUUAAAUUCUGCAAGAAUUGCUUUUCUUCUUUUAAAACACAAUGUCGGGGCUGUCCAGAGCUGAAGAGUGCACAGUCUAUUGGAAAGUGUCCCAUACUUCAGGCACAGAAGGUGUGAGACAGAUUAAUAGGACAACCAGCAGCGAUGGGACUAAAACCUGCUCCAGACUUUAUCUUGCCUUCAUAUUAAUACUGCUCACACUGACACCGCGAGUGGACUCAUCCUGGUGGUAUAUUGGGGCUCUGGGAGCUCGUGUGAUCUGUGACAACAUCCCAGGACUGGUGAACAAGCAGCGGCAGUUGUGUCAGAAGCAUCCUGACAUCAUGCAAUCAAUAGGGGAAGGAGCCUUGGAGUGGAUUCGGGAAUGCCAGCAGCAAUUCCGGCAUCACAGGUGGAACUGUAGCACCCUGGCCAGGGACCACACUGUAUUUGGCAAAGUAAUGUUACGUAGUAGCAGAGAGGCUGCUUUUGUCUAUGCCAUAUCGUCUGCUGGGGUUGUGUAUGCUCUCACACGGGCCUGUAGCCAAGGGGACCUGAAUACCUGUGGCUGUGACCCACGCAAGAGGGGCAAGGCCCGGGACCUGAGAGGGGAAUUUGACUGGGGAGGCUGCAGUGACAACAUCAACUACGGAAUCAAGUUCUCCAAGGCCUUCGUAGAUGCUAAGGAGAAGAAGGAGAAAGAUGCCAGGGCACUGAUGAAUCUCCACAAUAACCGAUGCGGCAGGAUGGCUGUAAAGCGCUUCAUGAAGCUAGAGUGCAAAUGCCACGGAGUGAGUGGUUCGUGUACACUGAGGACUUGUUGGUUAGCAAUGUCGGACUUUAGAAAAACCGGAGAUUACCUGAGGAAAAAAUAUAACCUGGCGAUCCAGGUGACGAUGAACCAGGAUGGAACUGGUUUCACAGUCGCCAACAGGCACUCGGGCAGGCUGAUCAAAAACGAGCUGGUGUACUUCGAAAACUCGCCUGAUUACUGCAUCAUGGAUAAGGCAGCAGGGUCCUUGGGCACAGCCGGGAGAGUUUGCAACAAGUUCUCCAGGGGCAUGGAUGGGUGUGAAGUGAUGUGCUGCGGCCGGGGCUAUGACACAACGCGGGUUGCACGCGUCACCAAGUGCGAGUGCAAGUUCCACUGGUGCUGUGCCGUCAAGUGCAAGGAAUGCCAGGAGACAGUCGACUUCCACACCUGCAAAGCACCGAAACGUGCAGAGUGGCUGGAUCAGACUUGAUUACAAUGAGCAGCGCUGUCUUAAUAUGGGAUAUGCGUGGAAGCGCGUGGCAUUUUGGGAGCUGUAGUUUAGCUGCAUGGCUUUUCAUUUUAGUUAACACUCUGCAAAGCACUAAGGUGGACUACACCUCCCAGGGGACCAUUUUGAACCAUUGGACAUGUUCAGUAAAUUACCGCAUAUUCCUUUUCAAUGGGGGAAUAGCAAUCUAAGCAUAAAUCCUGAACAUUACAAUUUGCAAUGUUUUAUUUUAAAUGGAACUGUGCAAUUGCCCAUUGAAAAGAGACAUUAUAAAAUGAAGGACGUGGCUCCUAUAGCUGUCAAGUAAUGAGGAUCUCCCCGUAGCAUCAGCCACAUGCAACUAGUAUCUCCAGCCUGGUAAUUCUUAUUUUUUUUAUUGGUAUGUCAAUGCCUUAUUAAUAAGUGGAAAAGCUGCUGACUGCUCCUUGCGAUCAUUCGGAGGGAUGUGAAGCUGCAUACUGUACCAGAAAACAAGGGCUUGCACUUUCUAAAGGCAAUUGUGUAACUGCAUUAACUAGACAACCUGCACUAUGGACAUUAGCUAUGAAAGGAUAGCAGAGUGUGUGUGUGUGUGUGUGUGUGAGAGGGAGCGAGAGAGAGCGAGAGUGUGAAGGAAAGAAACCUAUUGGGAUAUGACUAUCUGUUGAUUUGAACAUAUCAGGAGCUACAGCCUUCAAACUGUAAAGGGAUGUCUGUAACGACAUUGGGAGUAAGGUUAAGCUCUGGUUUGCUGCUGCUGAUUUCAAUAGUGCAACUCGCCUGUACUUUUUUAUGGUCUAAUUUUUUUUAAAUAUUGUAAUAAUUCUUACACUGCUACCAGUACGUUAAUAUUUGCCAGACUCCAAGUGCUAUUCCUGCAGUCUAGGUUGAUGCAAACAGUUGCAUUAUACACUGUACUGUAGUUUUAAGACAUCCCACAUAAGUAUCUUGUUUGUAAUUUCACAGAGAAACUUUUUUUUCUAAUUAAAGUGAGAGAAAAAAAAACGGGAUGGACUCCAUGCCCUGAAUAUUUAAAGUUCUGCCUCCUGAUAGAGAUCACUCAAGAAAGUAAUCUUAGACUGAGAGCCCAGCGCCUGAGUGACAUUACGAAGCACAUUUUCACAGAAGGGCUAUUGAGAAUCGGGAACAUCUAGCCCCAAUGGUGCGGUUUGGCUGGAGUGAAGGAUAUGUACAGACACACGACCUUGACCUGAGCACGAAGCAUCCUAAAACUGUAACAGACCCAUGAUGCUAUUUAUGAUCCAAUGCAUAACAUUUCAAUCUAAAGAUAUAGUGGCAAAUCUAAGUUAUCGUAAAGAGCCCACCCAGCAAGUACCAUUAACUUGCAUCAAGAUCUAUUUGCUGUUGUUUGUUUGUUUCUUGCAUUUCUGUGUAAACUUGGAGUUUGGUGCUUUUCUUCGUUGCUUUGUUAUACAUUGGCAUAGAUACUGUAUAAAGAGGGAACUGCUCAUAUACUGAAUUCUGUAUUUGGGUACCACUGUUCAAGGGGAAAUGAUUUAUCUGAAGGAUUACAAAUUAGAAGGGUCUCGACCCGAAACGUCACCCAUUCCUUCCAUCCAGAGAUGCUGCCUGUCCCGCUGAGUUACUCCAGCAUCUUGUGUCUCUCUUCAACAUAAACCCGCAUCUCUCAGUCCUUCCUACACAGGGUGACACUCAUCUUUAGUGGUGUUGGGUGAGUGCCCCAGUUACGGCUCUCCAUGCUCCUUAGUUUUAACAGAAUGUAAUCCCAGUGUAUGUGCCAUUAACACAUUCAGAGGACAUCGCCACUGAAUGUGUCUAUCUACAGAAUGGCAAUGGUGUUUGCUGACACGAGACACACUUUAGUCAUCCCGUCCGAUAAUAACUAGACUAAACACUGUCAAUAUGCUACAUGAAAAUGAUAGUGGGUUACUGGAGGCAGUGUGACCAUAAGGUGACAAGUAAAUGACUGGGUACAUUUGUCAGGAAGGGUUGGGUAAGUGGAUGAAGCUUGUCUCUGGAAGAGAGAGAACUUAGAGAGGCACUGACAGGGAUCAUUAAAAUAACAGGCUUUGUUUCAAUGGAUAAGGGGAAAACUGGUCCAGCAGAAAUUAUUUCAGUGAUCAUUGACAAAUGAAGGCAAUUAAUGUAGAGAUGAUUGAAGUGGAGAUGAACGACACUGUGGCGGGGAAACUUGAUGUAGGCAUGAGGGAAUAAUGAAGGGAAAGACAGGAUGUGAAGUCGGAACUAGAAUGGGAAGCAACUCAUGGAGUAUAAACACUGGUCGAGAACACUUGGACAAAAUGUCCUGUUCUGUCCAUAAUAUAAACAAAAUUCUGGAAACAAUCUGCAUAUCAAGUAGAAUCUGUGAAGACAUGAGAAAGUCAACAUUUUAGGUCAAUGAUCAUUCAUUAGAUUGGAAAGCUCGAGAUUUAAUAGUUUUAAUUAAACGCAGAGCCCGGGAUGUCAGGAUGAGAAAAAAGGGAAGAACAAAAGGAGAGAUCUGUGAUAAAGUGCAGGGCAUGACUGAUCAAGUGAUAAAUAGAUAAUGGUUUAUUUGUGACUGUAUCCCACACAGGUUUAAAGUGUGGCCUGGACUGCAGACGCAGCAAUAGCUGGUUGUGUUGCUGGAGCCAGUUAGAGAUGAAGACGCCCGUGAGCCUUCUCAUGCACGACGGUGGGAUUGAUUGCCUGUUGGUGAUGGGGUCACGGUGCAUUGUUUCAGACCACCCAGUGUAUAUUACACCUUCCAUUCUGUGCUGCCCCAGGGGAAAAUUCCAACGUCCACUAGCCUCUGAGAGAUGAAGGGGAUUGUGGUGGAUGAAAGGUUGUCUUCCUCACAGUCAGUAGUUCCCAACCUCAAACAGCUCUCCUGUCUCCCCUCAUAUCCUCCUAACACCACUACUAAUCACCCCACCUCCACUGCCCCAAACCCAAAUCCACAAUCCCUGGCUUAGCUACAGGAUUGUCCUUCACUUAUAGAAACAUAGAAACAUAGAAAGUAGGUGCAGGAGUAGGCCAUUCAGCCCUGCGAGCCAGCACCGCCAUCGAAUAUGAUCACAGCUGAUCAAUGAUAUCUUUAUUGAGUUUGGCUGUUGACACUGUGUUCUUAGUAAAAGUAUCGCUAGCAGAUAUUGGGCUUUCUAAGCUUUGGCCUUGAAAACCUAAUGUGACUAAAUUCCCCAUAGUCACUGAAGGAACCAUGAGAGAGGAUAAUUUACCAACUAUAAUGAUCUACAGGUUUAGGUCUCUAAAGGUUAAUUACGAGAUUUGAAUCUUUUUAAUUUCCUUAUUUGUUUCAUCAUAAUUUCCUAAGCUUUGAAUUGCUAUUUCCACUGGCCACAGUACACACGUUCGUCUUUGCCAGGUUAUAGGUUUAUUGGGGUAUUGUGGUGAUGCGGACACCACUGGUGAGGCACGAACAUAUGUUGCCCGUCAAAGGUGCCGCCUUGAGAGGUGGUGGUAGGCAAUGCCAUCACAGAGGGCAGUUAGGGGUCAGGGGCACUAUUGAGGAACUGGAGCCACAUAUAGUGUGUGGAGCUACAGGUUAAGAAAUCAGCAAGGCAUUUAAGAUUUCAAACACAUUUCUGUAACAUCUGAGGAUUUGAAUUAGAACCAAAAAAUUCUGGAACCACUCAGGAGGUCGUUCAGUGAUCUGUGGAAAGAGAAGCAGAUAAUGUCUCUGGCACAAAAAAUUUAAGGAUUUGAAUUCAUGUUAUCUGGAUUAGUCCACAUUUGAUUGAUGAUGCUACAUCAUAACAACACAGGCAUGUAGAGUUCUGCCAAUGACUUAAUUCUUUGACAUACCUAAUUCAUUUUGAAUAUUUCUGUAGGGGGAAAACAAAAGUCCCAAUUAAGUACAGAAUUAUAGUAAAGAAAGUAGACAAAAAUGUUUUUGUGCUUACUUACUCGUUUUCCAAUUUGUAAUUAUAUCUGUUAAAAAGCUAUGUUUUUUUCCAA